AUGGCGUACGUGAUGACGGGCUUGGGCUUGGGGGUGCGGGGCGUCUUGGGCGUGCGAGGCGUCUUGGGCGUGCGGGUCGCCGUCUUGCGCUUCUUCUUGGGCGGCGGGGAGGGUGGGGGUGAGAGGGAUGAAGAGGGUGAAGGCGAGGCGCGGGCGGUGGACGUGGAGAUGCGCGCAGACCGCCUCGUCGUUGGACCGCUGCUGCUGCUUGCCAUGGUUGCUAGAUCGUCGCCUCCCGAGACAGGCGCGAUCGACCAACGCCUGACGUCACCCGCUGCCCCGGACCGAACCUGCCUCCGCACUCGAUCACCUCCCUUCCCAAUCACGCGCUUUACACCGAACGCGCACCAGGACGCCAGCGCGCAACCUACUCGUCCGCCCCGCGCCCUACUCGUCCGCGCGCCCACCAUGUCCAUGCGCGCCGCCCUCUCCGCCCACGCCUCCCUCCUCGCCACCCAGUAUUCCACCCACCUCCCCUCCAUCCUCGAGCUCCAGACCGUCUUCCUCCACGACAUCCUCCCCGCGCUCGCCGAUGAGCUGGACCUAGAUGCGCCCGCUCAAGCCGCCGCCCGCUCCUGGCUCCAAGACACCAUCACCCUCUUCCACAUCGCCCGCCGCAACCAGUGGACGCGGAGCUGUGCGAUGGACGCGGUCCGCAAGACGCUCGUAUGGCGCCUUGAACAUCUUCCUGUAGCAAACGAGAUGGAGACGGACGCGGCCUACACUCCUCCACCCCACCUCCUCCCCCACCCCGACCCCGCCGGCCGGCCCGUCCUCGUCCUCAAACUCCGCGACCUCCCCCCACGCGCCCACCGCGGCGCCGUCAUCCGCGCCCUCGAGCGCCUGCGCGCACACCUCUGUCGCUUGAAUCACGAGCGGCCGGAGGGACCUUCCUCUCCGUCCUCUCCCUUGACUGCGGCUCCGUCGAGUUCCAAACCUAACGCCUCGACAUCGCAUACCCCCUCUCACUCCUUCGACGACACCUACGCUACCCCCGCCCUCCAAUACCUCCUCCUCCUCGACCUAUCCUCCCCUCCCUCCACUUCCUCCUUCCCCACCAUGAGCAUUCCGAACCUCGACCUCGACCUCAUCACCUGGACCCUGCGCGACGCGUCGCCCAAGUUCCCCGGCCUCGUCGCCGGUGUCCUCGUCCUCAACUACUCCUGGGCGCACGCGGGGCUGUGGGGCGUGGCGAAGAGGCUCAUACCUGAGGCAGGCUCCGGCGGUCGCGUCUGGUUCCCGACGACGGAGGAAUCGGUCGACUGGUUUGGGGAGGCGAAUUUGCCGGAGGAAUAUGGCGGCUCCCUUCAAUGGCCACUUCCCUCGCCACCCGACCGCUCAGUGUCACCCGAACGCUCAGCGUCGCCUACGCCCUCUGCCACCUCCGUCUCGUCGUCUUACGGCACCAGGUCGACGAGAAGCGCCUCGCCAACAAGUCCUUCCUCACCAACACCCGAAGACCUUGCACCCCCGCCCAUCCCACGCGCCAUCUCCCUCUCGCCCUUGUCGCUCUUGAACCCGUUCUUCGGGUAUCCGGCGCGGUCGCACGCUGCACCCUCUCCUUAUACCAUCUCACAUACGCCCGCCCUCCCGAGCCACCUCCGCAACCACACCCCGCAUCAUCGUCGACAUUCACAUUCCCUCCCCCACGGCCGCCGGCGCCGCCGAGAUCUCGCGCGCACGCUGCUGUGGUUGUUGUGGGCGCGGUGGGGCGGGGUGAUCAGGGCUGUUUUGUGGGCUGUCGCGCUGGGGUGGGCGGUGAGGGGGUGGAAGCGCAUCCUGGGGAGGGGGAGGGGGGCAAGGAUAUUCCAACGGGGAGGACGCAUGGGGAGGGGGGCUGGCAGAAGUGAACUAGGGAGGGAAGGUGGUGGAGGGGAAGGUGGAAGGAUACCGCAACGGGAGUGGGACGCGCUGUUGGCGCUGGUGUUUACUGGCUUUGGGGCGGCAGGGGUUUGAGGAAUGGGUCGAGGGACGGUGGGGGCCACCGAGCCGGAAGGGGAGGGAUGAUACCGCGCCGGGAGGGGAGGGAUGAUACCGCGCCGGAAGGGGAGGGAUAACACCGAGUUGGAGACGAAGGGAAGGGUCGCGCGCAAGCCUCCCAAUCUACCUCUCGCCUCUAUGCGUGGGCGCUCCUUCACCGACCCCCUUCUUCGCCAACGCCGCCUCGCCCUUCCCUCAUCUUGAUGCGCCCGGGCCCUUCUUCGCCAACGUCCCUCGCUUCGCUCGUCUUUACGCGCGCCUGUGGUGUGCGGUCGAAUGCUAACUCC